GGACCACGAGAGCUGCCCCGGAGGACUCCUGGUGGCCAGCAGCUACCAAGCAACCUGUGCGCGUGGCCUCCAGCUCCCGCUGACGCGUCUGGGAGUCCCGUCUGCUGGUCUUCCAGCCUGGAAGCCUCCCCGAAUCAUGGAGGCCCCGGAGGUCCCCGUGGGCGCGCUGAUUGACUUCGGGACUGAGCCGUCUGCCUCCUCGCCCCUGGAGAUGCUGCCUCCCAAGCUGCAGGAAGGGGACAGCUCCCAGGGCGAUGGAGCUUCGGAGAGCGAGACCACAGAGUCUGCGGACAGCGAGAAUGACAUGGGCGAGUCGCCCUCCCACCCAUCCUGGGACCAGUACCGCCGCUCCUCCUCCAAUGAGUCCUUCUCUUCCAACCAGAGCACUGAGUCGGCCAAGGACGAGGAGACCUUGGAGCUCCGGGAGUUCAUGCGCGGCUAUGUGGAGAAGAUCUUCUCUGGAGGGGAGGACUUGGACCAGGAGGAGAAAGCCAAGUUUGGAGAGUACUGUAGCAGCGAGAACGGAAAAGGCCGCGAGUGGUUUGCUCGAUACGUGAGCGCCCAGCGCUGCAACUCCAAGUGUGUCUCAGAGCCGACCUUCUACCGCCUGGUGCAGUCUUUCGCCGUGGUCCUGUUCGAGUGUCAUCAGAUGGACGACUUUGGGCCCGCCAAGAACCUCAUGACCAUGUGCUUCACCUACUACCACAUUGGUAAGCCGCACCUGCUGCCCUCCGAGUCCAAGGAGAAGCCUGCGGGGAGCAUCGACUCCUACCUGAAGUCUGCCAAUAGCUGGUUGGCGGAGAAGAAGGACAUCGCUGAGCGGCUGCUAAAGAACACAUCGGCCAAGACAGAGAACGUCAAGGGCUUCUUCGGGGGACUGGAGACCAAGCUGAAGGGACCCCUGGCCAGGAAACACGAGGAGGAUGAGAACAAGCCCAAGGAGAAGCCGCAGAAGACAGUGACCGUGUACAGCCCGGAGGAAGAAAGGAAGGGGGAGAAGAUCUACCUGUACACGCACCUGAAGCAGCAGCCCAUCUGGCACACACUGAGGUUCUGGAAUGCGGCUUUCUUCGAUGCUGUCCACUAUGAGAGGAGAAAGCGGUCUCCCACUACCAGAGGGGAUGCUGGAGAGGAGGAGAAGAAGAGGGAGAAGUGGUGCCACAUGACCCAAGAGGAACGCAACGACAGUCUACGGUUCAACGAGAACAUCACCUUCGGGCAGCUGGGCACGUUCACUCACAACAUGCUGGCGUUCGGGCUCAGCAAGAAGCUAUGUAGUGAUUUCCUGAAGAAGCAGGCCGUGAUCGGCCAUCUGGACGAAGAGCAGUACAAGCUGCUGAGCGACCACAUUGAGCAGAUGGCCAUUGAGUAGGCAGGCCAUGGGAGGUCGCCCGGAGCACCCUCCAGGAGGGCUGAGGGUGCACACCCCUCUCCUGGGCCAGCGACUGGCUGUCACCCUACCUGAUGACCCUGCAUGACCUCGGAAGCACCCAGAGCCGCUCCACGCUGCCCUAGAACUAGCGGUUAGAAGAAUCUGGUUGCCCAUCUCCCCACCUCCCUUCUGCCUUGUCUGCUCCCCACAUCUGCGUGCCAAAGGGUCUCUGGGAUUACACGGCUAAAACCAAGGUGAUUGCCCCUUCUCCUGGGUGUCAGGGCCACAACACAGGACCAAGCAGGAGGAGGAGGAAGGACACCAGGGCCGAGGUGGGCCCCGGGCAGUGCCUGCUGCAGCCGCCCGCAGGAGAAGGAGGGUGUGCGGUGCACGUGGGAAUGCAGAUGGGGGCAUCAGGAGCUGGCAUGCACCAGUGACGCGGGUGACAGUCCGGGACCCUCUUGUUCAGCAGCAGGAUGGAGUGGGGGUGCUCCCCCAGUCGGGGCUCCUGCUGAGCCACGGCCUUGCGGAGGGGGCAGUGGGCCUCCCCGGGCAGGCCAGGUCAGUCCAUGGCUUCUGCCGGCUCUGUGCCAGCUGCCCACUGUGUGACAGGAACCGGAGUCAUAGGAACCGCUAAGAGGAAAGAGACACUUGGCUAUUUUAGGGAGGGAGAGAGCCUGGUGCAGAGGACCUCCUUCCCGGCCGCAGAAGGCCCAGCAAGGGGUGUGAGCGUCCUGGAGUCCUUGUGAGAUCUGCGUGGUCGCUUGGGAAUCACACCAGCCCGGAGGUGGCGGUGUCAGAGCACCUGCAAUGCACCGUCUGCGCGUGGCUUCCUUGUGAUGCAGAGAGAGUCCCCCAUGUCCUUCCUGGGAGGAGCGCGGGCUGCCUGCCCCACCAAGAGGCGCCGACAAGAGAAGUCUCUUCAGUCACUGCAAAACAACCACCCUUGCUGUUGGGUAUUUCAAGGAAGACGGAAAAAUCUGUGUCCAUGUCGUGGACAGCCGGGCAGAAGCGGCUUCUGGGGGCAGUGGCGUGAGGCUCGUGUGUGGAGUGACCAUGGGGCCUGGGGACCCCGCCCCCCAGCAGCCAUGGGAAGGCACCUCUGCCCCCUCGCCCCUCACUGGCUGACCGCUUUCCUGCACACUCUGCAGAUACCCCCUUGUCCCGCUUCUGGUGCCCAGGAACCCUGGCUUUUCUCUUGGGGUCUAUGCCGGCCCGAGGGGAUGGACGUGUGACAGCAAGCAGCCAGCAUGUGGCUCCUCUGGCAUGAAUACCUCCCGUCCGCCGCUUCCCUCUGCCUCUGCCCCUUGCACUUGGGCACUGACCUUGAAAGUAGGCCCGUGGACACUCUCCUUUCCCCGCAUCCCCGCUCCUGUUUCCCCUCUCUGCCUCCUCACCUCUCAGUCAUUACAUCGCGGUCUGCCCUGGAGAACAGCAAAACCAUGCCUGGUGGUCACUGACCCCGCCAGUGCUGGAACGCUUUCCGUCCUGGGAUGCCUCCCUGGAACGUUCCAGAGACGAGCGGGCAGUGACGGAGCUGUAGCUGCAUGUCUCGGUAAGGACAGGAGAGGCGACGUGAAGCUUGGUAUGAUGGGAGUGGGCUGGUGUCCGAAGGCUGGAUCCUGAAAUUCAGCUUAUUUUUAUAACGGUAUCAUUCGUGUGUGUGUGUGUGUGUGUGUGAGAGAGAGAGAGAGAGAGAGAGAGAGAGAGAGAAGUCAGCCUGUCUGGCGACGUCACCACACAAUGCACAGCUGUGUUGCUGGGGCAGGUCCCACAGACCGGAGGUCCCCCCACCCCACCCCGGGCCAGCGUUGAGCCCAGGGACAGUGCAUGUCUCUACCGAUGGCAUUUCAGACAAAUAAGGUCAAAUUAAGGGGUAUGUGGGCCCCUCCUCCAAUGCUACUGUCAGAUAAUGCGUCCCCUCCUGAAACACUCAACUGUGACCCCUGAAUCCGUUGUGCUCCCCUCCCCCUCUGUAGAAUCGGGGCUGCAUGGGGGAGGGGGUCUGUCCGAGUCCCCUGCAAGGCUCUCCCUUCAGCCUUGGCGUCUUUGGCUUUAUUAGUCACAUCUCAGUAGUUAGUUGAAAUGCGUUACAGCUUUUUCGUAAGGUGCCCCAAAGACUUAUCCUUGUAUAUAUAAGAGUUUUGUAUAGAAGUCUGAUUCUGGUUUCUGGAGGGAGUGGAGUGGGUUCUGAGGCUCUCUCCAGAGUGCCCGGGAGCGAGGCCCUGCCCUUUCCCCCCUGGGGCGGAGCCCGCAGGACUCCUGGGCCUUUGGAGGGAAACGCCCCUUUGAUUUCUUUGGGCUUUUCCAAGCACUUUAACUUCGAAAAUGAUCUUGAGAGGUUGAUUCCCCCCUGUAGGCCUCCUGAAAUAGCAUUUGAAGGUGGAAGCAAGGACCGCUUGGGGUUUUCUCCCCUCCCAUUGCUUGUUCUUCCGGAUGUGGCUGGCAGAGUGGGGUUGGGCUGCCCAGUUGGCUCAGACCGUGCCAAGACCUGGGCCCUCCUCGAUGCCUCUGGCCACUUUCACUUGGAGGAGUCCCGUCCCUGGAAAGCAGGCUGGCAGCUUGCCCUGCUGAGAUGCCCUGGGUCCCUGUGACACGGUCUCUCCCCUCGAGGGCCCGGCCAGAGCAGACUGACAGGGGACACUCUCAGAGGUCCAGAGUGUGGAGAAGUCUCCGUCUGCUGCACACACAGGGACACGUUGGUAUGAGAGCUCUGCGAGCCCUUCCUGUAAACUCAGGAACCGUAGAUUCAAUGCAGGAAGGGUCAGAUCGUAUCCUAGAAGAGAGCUUCCCGUCCCGGUAGGUGGAGUGUCCAAAGCCAGGAGCUCUGAAGUCUCGCCCCUCAUCACGGGUGGUUCGGACUUUCUGCUGGCCGUCCGCCAGGGCUGUGCACAUCACAGUGAGCCUGGACAGCCAAGCCUCUCAAAUAAAAAGUUCCCUGCUUAACAAACAGGAUGAUGUUGAGUUGCAGCUUUUGAAGGUGGGCCAGGCGCUGAGGGAGAGAGAGAAUCCCAGGCAGAGCCCACGCC